AACUGGGGCACAGUACGAAUGCAAUGGUUAUGUGUGACCACAAGAUGAGAAUUAGAGCUGUUGACGCGCGAUACGGUGGUGCAUGCCACGAUUCCCAUGUAUGGAACCUGUCCAGUGAGAGAAGGGCUUUAAAAGCUUGUUUUGAUAAUGGCGAGAGAGGGAUAUGGAGUCUUGGUGAUUCAGGAUAUCCAUUGGAACCAUGGAUGUUAGCUCCCUAUCGUAAUGCCACCGAAAAUUCAGCGGAAGGCCGGUUCAAUCAUUGCCAUGCCAAAGGACGGUCAAUCAUCGAACGAGUAUUUGGAAUAUUGAAAGGAAGGUUUCGAUGUCUUUUGGCAGCACGGGAGCUGCAUUAUACUCCGCAAAAGGUUUCAGCUAUAAUGAAUGUUUGCUGCGCUUUGCACAACAUUUGUCUGAAAUUUAAAGCUGAGCCGCAACCUUCAGAAGUUCUUCCCACAGAAGAUGUACAUUUAUUAGAAACUGUGAAUAUGGUGGAAGCGGACAGUAGUACAGCAAAUAUUUCUAGGAACUCAAGAGAUGAAAUAAGUGUUAGGACCAAAUAUCCCUGA